UCCUUCCUACAUUUUUCCUUUAAAAAUUAUUCCAUAUACCUAAAUUCCUAUUUAAGCAACAAACAUAUUUAACAUGUCUUGGUUUGUGACAUGAUUGUGGAUUUUUUUUUGUACAUGCUUCACAAAUAUUUUGUGACAGUGCAAUUAAACUGAAAGGUGAGAUGUUCUAAGAAUUUAGUUGGAAAAGUUAAAUUGCAUAAAAUGGACGAGGAGGCUAAAAUUGCCGAUGCAAAGAAGUAUGUUACUAAUAUGCUUCAAAGGCCUGGUCAAUUAGAAAAGGUGGAGCAAUAUAAAUUUCGUGUAAGCAGGAAGAAAGCUUCAAUAGAAGCUAAACUUAAAAAUGCUAUUCAAAGCAAACUUGAUGGUGUUCGUACGGGGCUCACACAACUUCAGAUGUGUGAAAAAGAAAUUCCAGAAAUUCAAACUAAAUUGAAUGAAAUACAAAACGCCUUCAAAUGUGUUCCUGAUUUGUACAAUAGCUUACAUGAAGUAAGAAAUGAAAAUAUGCGUCAUUCCCAAUAUGUAACGGCCAUAGAAAAUUUGAAACAUAUUUUUACAGUUCCUGACAGUGUAAAGCGCACUGAACAGUGGAUUAAUGAGGGAAAACUUUUGCACACUCAUCAGUGCCUAUCAGAUUUAGAAAAUUCUCGUGAUGACUUACUGUAUGAGUUGCAUAAGCUUCCAAAUCAAUCACCAUAUGAUAAAGGAAUGCUCAAAGCCUGCUUUAAAGAUGUUGAAUCUCUUUCUGAUGUGCUAGAAAAACAGCUGCGUUUAAUUUUGGGUAGAACACUUAAUACAGUUCGCAAAGAACCUACUGUUAUUGUUACAGCUUUAAGAAUCAUUGAGAGGGAGGAGAAAACUGAUCAAUUUGCUCUACAACAACAUCGUCAGAGUGGAUUUCUUCCUCCAGGUAGACCAAAGAAAUGGAGAGAAAAAGCUAUGCAGGUUUUAGAGCAAUCAGUUGCUCAAAGAAUUGAAGGAACCCAUGUUGAUGAGAGAGAAGAUAAUAAACUAUGGCUUGUGCGUUAUCUUGAACUCACUCGUCAAUUAAUAUUGGAAGAUUUAAGAGUUGUUAAAACUUUGUGUGUGCCUUGCUUUCCACCCCAUUAUGAUAUACUAAAUACAUAUGUGAAUAUGUAUCAUACUUGCUUAUCUAGACAUUUACAAGAAUUGAUUGGUAAUGGUUUAGAAGGUAACGAGUAUGUUUCUGUAUUAUCAUGGAUUUUGAAUACAUAUGAGGGAACAGAAUUAAUGAACAAUCCAGAACUAAAUAUUGAUAUUAGUAAAUUUGGUCCAUUACUGCCGGAAUCUGUUCUUGUCAAAAUGCAAUCGGAAUAUUUACAGAAUAUGGAGAAAAAUUAUGCUGAUUGGCUUGCUAAAACAUUAGAAAAAGAAAGUCAAAGCUGGCAGUCUGGAAGUCCACCUGAAGAAGAUGAUCAAACAGGAUAUUUUCAUACUUCAGAACCUAUUAUUAUUUUUCAAAUGGUUGAUCAAAAUUUGACUGUUACAAAUACGAUCAAUAAAGAACUCACAUUCAAAUCUUUAUUACUAAGUAUUGAUCAAAUCACAAAAUAUGGAAAUAUGUACAGAGCCAAAAUUAUUGAAUUCAAAAAUAGGCACUUUAAGGACAGAAGUCAAGUGCCACUAUUCACUCAUUAUAUUAUUAGUAUUGUCAAUAAUAGUUUGCAAAUUGGGGAUUUAGCUCAACAAAUGAAACAACGUUUCUGGCCACGUGGAUUUCAUGAUGGUCCUGGUGAAACUAAAUUUGAAGGUUUAUUACAUACCUUCCAAGAAUUAAGAGAUUUAGCUGCAUCAUUCUUGUUAGAGGAGGCCUUUUUAGAUUUGGAAUCACAUUUUGAAGAUCUGUUCACAACUAAUUGGAUUGGUAGUUCUGAAGCUGUUGAUACAAUUUGUGUCACAUUCCAAGAUUAUUUUCAAGAUUACAAUCAUUUGAGACCUAAAAAUUUUGAUUAUGUAAUUACAGAAGCACAAAAUUUAGUUACAAAACGAUAUAUAACAGCUAUGUUUUCGAAGAAAAUAUCUUUUCGUACUUAUGAGGAGUGUAUGAAUGUAGCUAAUAAAGUGUUGAAGGAAAUAAAACAAAUUGUGUCCUUCUUCAGCAAAAUUGCUCCAAAAGUUGGUAAUUUUGACUCUCCUUUUGAUGUAGUCAAUAUGUUAGCUGAAGUAUUAAAAUGUGAAGAUGCUGAUAUGCUCAGUUUAGAUUUACAUAGUCUGGUUGAAAAGUAUCCUGCAAUAACUGAGGAUCAUUUGUUGAGGUUACUACAUUUACGAGGAGAUAUUCCUAGAACUGAUAUCAAAGAAAAAGUAACUUAUAUUACUGAAACUAGAAAGGCUAAACCAAGUCAUGGGAUACAGGACAGUAUAUUCAAACAGAUUGUAUUUACAGAUCGAAUAUUAAAUUGGUAAUUCCUAUUUGUUUUUCGUUACAUUACAUAAACAUAUACAUACAUACGAACAUAUUUAAUAUAUUAAUAAUAAAUUAUAAUAUAUUCUAACUACUUACGCUAUUUUUAAAAACCUU